CGAGCCGGAAGUGACGGUCGCGCCGGUUGCAAGAUGGCGUCCAGGGCCAAGAAGCCGAGGGUGGAGUCUGCAGAGGGGUCCAGAAAUCAGGACCAAGGUACUGAAGAAACACUGAGCCAAUUCCUAAAUUGGUGCAGAAAGUUAGGGCUGCAUGUCAGCCCAAAGGUACACGUCAGUAAGGAGAGCACCGUGGCGGAUUAUGGGUUGGUAGCAAAGGAUGACAUUGAAGAAGGGGAGCUGUUGUUUUCCGUUCCCAGGGCAGCACUCCUCAGUCAGCACACCACGGUGAUUCGUGACCUGCUAAAGAAAGAAGAAGCAGCGUUGGAGAGCCGGUCGGGCUGGGUGCCACUCCUGCUUUCCAUGAUGUUUGAGAUCACAAGUAGCCAAUCCCACUGGAAGCCUUAUUUCUCACUCUGGCCUGGCUUCAGCAGCCUGCAGCACCCCAUGUUCUGGUCGGAGGAGGAGAGGAACAGGCUACUGAUGGGCACGGGUGUGGCGCUGGCAGUUGAGAAAGACCUGAUGAACAUAGAAGAAGAGUACAACAGCAUUGUGCUGCCUUUCAUGAAGUCUCACCCGGACACCUUUGACCCACACAGACACACCCUGGACCUUUACAAGAAGCUGGUGGCGUUUGUUAUGGCUUACAGUUUCCAGGAGCCCCUCGAAGAUGAAGAUGAAGAUGAUGAUGAUGAUGAAAAAACUCCAAACCCUCCCAUGAUGGUCCCAAUGGCUGACAUAUUGAACCAUGUGGCCAAUCACAAUGCUAACUUGGAAUUUACGCCGGAGUGUUUGAAAAUGAUUUCCAUCAGGAAGAUCAGAGGAGGUGAAGAGAUAUUUAAUACAUAUGGUCAGCUUGCCAACUGGCAGCUCCUGCACAUGUAUGGGUUCACCGAACCCUACCCCAGCAAUACACACGACGCCAUGGAUAUCCAGAAGCAGAUGGUCUAUGAGGCUGCCCUGCAAGCUGUGCAAACAGAAGAGGAGAGGAAGCUGCUGGCAGAGAAGUGGGAAUUCUUGACUGAGUUGGAAAUAGUCGGAGAAGGGGAUUUUGUCAUCGGACAGUCUGGAGUCCUAACAGAGGAGGAACUUUACAGCACACUAAAGGUUCUGAGUAUGUCACCAGAAGAAUUUGAAGAAUACAAAGCCAAUGACGGGUGGGAGGAGGAGGAGGAGGAGGAUGAUGAUAUUUCCAGUCUUACCAAUUCUGUGAUCCCCAAACUCAAGCCUGCCUGGAAGCAACUUCUACACAACACUGUGAAAAUGAGGCUAAAGUCAUACAGCUCGGGUCUACAGGAGGAGGAAGCCACAUUGGCUAACGUGGAGAAAUACCAGCAGCUCAGUAAACGGGAACGUGACUCUCUGCAGGUCCGAUAUGCACAGAAGGUGAUUUUGCAUCGAUUGCUGCAGCUCACGGAGUAGUGGUAAUGGCAAUUGAGGAAUAAAAUCCUGUGUUUA